UUUACCCCACCCCUUUGAAACUCAAGCGCAAGACAAGGGAACAUGCACAGUCAGAGCUGAGCAAGGCUUGAGUUUGUGCCCAAAUAUGCUGACCACAUAAACGCAACAGUUUUAAUUCAAGACUAUGGAAGAGCCAGGCCGGCCACGCUCUGACAAACAAGGCUCUCGGCUGAGGAACACGGCCACAGAUGAGGCAGACACCUGGAGAUCCCAAGAGAGUAGACAUGGCUACAACCCCAUACCAGCUGGAGGUCAACAGAACCGGAAGAACCAGGGAGGAGUACCAUACCGCCCCAGCCCCAACAAAGGUGGGAUGGGUCCUUUGAGUAGCUCCCCUGGCGGCUUCAGAGGUGGGCACAGUCCCUCACAGCAGCAGGGCGUCCGAAGUUUUCCUGGGCCCCAGAACAGGGAAGUUCGGGGAGAUGGCUGGAGAGGGCACCCGAAGCAUCCGCAGCAGCAACAGCAACAACAACCGCCACAAUGGAGGAAGGGGGAACACAUGAGGGAUGAAAGGGACUAUGGGAACAGGGAACCUGCUGAUUCCGUUCAUAAUUCCGGUGGAAGGCGUAGGAACCGUGACCGACGGAGGGGGUUUGGAGAGGAAGAUCAGGGUCCGGUAAUCGAUGAGUCGACGCUCUCCGCCAAAGAGUUGCAACUCCUUCAGGAAGCGGAGGAGCUGCUUGUCCAAGACCAGAUCUCUCGCCUUAAAAAGAGGGCCCGAAACAACCCAAACGCGAUGUACACCUGCUCCCUGUGUGAUGUGCUGUUGGAGUCAUUGUCCGCCGCCCAAAGACACUCGCAGGACAAGUGGCACAAGAAGCGAGCCAGGGAGAAGCGCGAGCAGGAGAUGCUGACUGAGAUCAAGCCCCCAGGCCCGGCCCAGGUGACGGAGGUGGGCACCGCCCUGCAGGCGGUGUUCACGGCGCAGGGGCUGACGGAGGAGGACGUGGCCAAGAGACAGGACAUUGUCUCCACCAUGCAGGCGUUGCUCCUCUCCGUCCUGCCUGAAAUACAGCUCAGACUGUAUGGAUCCUCUUGCACCAAGUUUGGAUUCAAGGACGCAGACAUCAACAUUGACAUUCUGUAUCCUCUUCACAUGCAUCAGCCAGAGGUCUUGUUGCGGGUCCGGGAGAGCCUCUCAGCCAGCCCUCUCUUUGUUGACCUGGAUGCUGAUUUCCAUGCAAGGGUACCUGUGGUGAUCUGCAAAGAGAAACAAAGUCGGCUGGUGUGCAAAGUGAGUGCAGGGAACGACCAUGCCUGCCAGACCACCUCCUACCUGGCUACUCUGGCCAAUCAGCAGCCCCUCGUCCUCCCACUGGUCAUCGCCUUCAGACACUGGGCCCAGAUCUGUCAGCUGGACUGUGCCGACGAGGGGGGCCUGCCGGCCUACGUCUUGGCCCUGAUGGUCAUCUACUUCCUGCAGCAGCGGACAGAACCGCUCCUGCCCACCUAUCUGAAUUUUGAGAUCAAGGAGUUCUCGCUGGGCAGGUUGGCCGACUUCAGCCUCACGCGCCUCGAGGACGGACACGUGCACUGGGCGUACGCGCCCGCCGGCAAAGACGCCUCGCUGCACGCCAAGGGCAAGGUCCCCCUGGCGUUCCAGAAGGAUCUCUCCUCUGUGGCUGUCGGACAGCUGUGGGUCGAAAUGCUCCGCUUCUACUCGCUGGAGUUCAACAUGGUCGACAACGUCAUCAGCGUGCGCACCAAAGCCAUCCUCUCCCGCGAGGCCAAAGAUUGGCCAAAGAAGCGCAUGGCGGUGGAGGACCCGUUUGCCGUAAAACGGAACGUCGCCCGCUCCAUGAACAGUCCUCAGAUGUACGAGUACUUCGUCCACUGCCUCAAAACCACCUACAAGUACUUCGCCCUGCCGCUCAACUCUCCCAGCACCAACCACAAGUUGGAGAAACCGCGUGGGCCCCCGAGGGGCGACAAGGCCCCCAGGCCGGACCCCGCGGCCCCGCUCCUGAAGGGUGUGGGCGCGCGUGACGCCGGCACGCCUCCGGCCCCCCGAGACCCGCUGGACUCGGACUGCAUCAUAGAACAAGAGGAGGAGGUGGAGAACGACCCUGAGAAGGAGAAGAUGGACCUGGGCAAAAGCAGCCUCUCCGAAGAAGACGACGACGACGACGAUGACGACGAUGACGAAGAGGAGGAGCGAGAGCAGGAGGAGGAGGACGAAGACGACGUGUACGGCCGCCUCCACCUCGACAGCGUCACCACGGAGGACGACGAGCUCUUUGUGCUGGACGAGAUCUCCGGCGAGGAGCUCCUCUCUGACGAGGAGGGUCCCGACUUUGACCUGCCGGGGUCCAUGGACGAGGAGGAGGAGCAGGCUCCUCCCACUCUGACCCCCAAGGUCGCCAAGGGCGGAGCCGGCGGUGAGAGACCUGAAACCCAGAAGCAGAAGCCUGUGAGUCAGGGCUACGAGUUCACCAGGCAGGCAUUCACUCGGGGCAAGUCCCACAUGGUGGUCUGCAGCUUGUGCAAGCGCGACGGCCACCUCAAGAAGGACUGCCCGGAGGAGUUCAAGAAAGUGGAGCUGGAGCCGUUGCCCGCCAUGACGGCGAUGUUCCUCAAAACGCUCAACCAAAUCUGCGAACAGUGCUUCAAGGACUUCGCACCUGAUAAACCAGAGGUCAGCGUCCGAGAGCACAUCCUUCAAGACGUGGAGAACUUCAUCCAAAAGCAGUUUGCAGGCCAAGUGUUUCAUUGUCCAUCGGCAAGAUUACAGCUAUUUGGCUCAUCCAAGAAUGGGUUUGGCUUCCGCCAGAGCGACCUGGACAUCUGCAUGGUCCUGGACGGGCAGGAGACGGCAGACGAUCUGGACUGCAUCAGUAUUAUCGAGAGCAUGGCCAGACUGCUGCGGAAACAUCCAGGUUUGAGGAACAUCCUGCCUAUUACCACAGCCAAGGUGCCCAUCGUCAAGUUCUACCACGUUCGCACUGGCCUCGAAGGAGACAUCAGUCUGUACAACACGCUGGCUCUCCAUAACACGCACCUGCUGGCCUGCUAUGCCGCCAUCGACUGGAGAGUGAAGAUCCUGUGCUAUGUGAUGAAGGUGUUUGCCAAGAUGUGCGACAUUGGCGACGCGUCCCGCGGCAGCCUCUCCUCCUACGCCUACACUCUGCUGGCGCUCUUCUUUCUCCAGCAGAGGAAUCCCCCGGUCAUUCCGGUCCUUCAGGAGAUUUACGAUGGAGAGAAGAAACCAGAGUUGCUCGUGGAUGGUUGGAACGUGUACUUCUUUGAUGACCUGAAAGCGCUGCCCGGUCGCUGGCCGCAGCACGGGAAGAAUGUGGAGACGGUGGGGCAGCUGUGGCUGGGUCUGCUGCAGUUCUACACCGAGGUCUUUGACUUCAGGGAGCACGUGAUCAGCAUCCGCCAGCUGGCCCCUCUCACCACCUUCAACAAGCAGUGGACCUCCAAGUACAUCGUCAUUGAGGAUCCAUUCGACCUGAAUCACAACCUUGGAUCUGGUCUGUCAAGAAGAAUGACCAACUUCAUCAUGAAGGCGUUCAUCAACGGCAGGAAGGUGUUCGGCACACCGGUCGCCUCGUACCCUCCCGAGUACCCCAGUCCCAUGGAGUACUUCUUCGACCCGGACGUCCUCACCGAAGGGGAGCUGGCUCCGAACGACCGCUGCUGUCGGAUCUGCGGCAAGAUAGGGCACUUCAUGAAAGACUGCCCCAUGCGCAAGAGGUCUAGGCAGAGGCGGGACAUGGAGAACUGGACGGACAACCCCCGGGACCGACAGGAUCUGGCGGAGACCCCCAAGGACUCGGCAGGGCGGCAGGGGGAGCGCUGGAAGAGACCCGAAGAGAAACGCUGCUGCUUCCUGUGUGGCUCCCACACCCAUAUUAAGAAGGACUGCAGCCAGUACAGAGGCCCCACAGGAAAGCCGAAGACUGAGAUGUCGUCCUAUGGCUCCUCGCCCUCCUCAUCUACUGGUUACAUGAGGAAUUACAGAGACAAAGACAAGCAGGGUGGACUCUUCUCAGAGGAGAAGAAGAGGAAGCCCAAAAGUGUGAUAUUGGGCCCACAAUCGGGUAGCCUAGCCAACUCGCACAUCGGCGGCUCUGGUCAUCGGAGGAGUCCAGUGGAGUGACGGGAUCCCUCCGGAGUGGACGGCAUCGACCCUGCCCCCCCUCCCCCCCCCUCCUUGUAGUGGUUCUCGGGUCCAGAGGGAAGGUGCUCUUCAGUUAAAAGCCCAACACGUUUGAAAGUAACACCAUGGCAGCCCGCCAUUGGGCCGGGACGCCCAGAGCCUUGACUUGAAGCCAAAUGAGUCUCAUCUAUGUUUCAUUUCGUUAUCGUUUUAACUAAACUUCUCCUCAGAAGUGCUUUUUAAGGGUGUUAAUUUUAAUUUUUUUUUAAAAAGACAAGCCAUGGUUUGUGUUGUUCUUGUCUUUUAUGUUUACCUAUAACUAUUCUCCCAUGGCCAGUGUUUGUUAGUGAGUUUUAUUUUUUAAUUAGUUUUAAUAAAUUUGCACUGACUAACCGACGUCGUCCGAGAGGAUGGUCGACAACGGGUCCGGACGGCGUCCCUGUGUGCGUCCAGGCUCUAUGUGCGCUCGCUCCUACGCCCAUCCUUAUGUUUUUAGAGUAGAAUUUUAAUUUGCAGGAUAAUUACACCGCCCCGAAGAGGCCAGGUUUUUUUAGAAACUGCCUCUGUUUGUGUGUUUGUGUGUGAGUAAGCAAGUGUUUUGUGUUUGUGUGAGCGAGUGUUUUUGUGAGUGAGCUAGUGUUUGUGUGAGUGUGAGUGAGUGAGCGAGUGUGUAUGUAUGUGUGUGAGUGAGUGAGCGAGUGUUUGUGUGUGAGAGAGGGUUUGUUUUUCGUUCUGUUUGCUGGUGGUUAUGUCUGAAGACCUGCUUAUCAUUAAACUCAAAACAUCCCCCCCCUAAGUUGGUGUCUGUUAAUGGUGAUGAAUCUUUUAUUGAAGAAAUUAUAGGCUGGAGGUGAAAUUCUUUAUAAUAUUGCAUUGGAACUAUUUUGAAUUUUAGAAGCCUUUCAAGGUUCUAAUGUUUGUCAUGUAGGUGAAACAGUAAAAGCGAUUUAGUCAAACAUUUUGGAUACCCAAUAUUUAAAAAAUGGGGAAAUUAGGCACUAUAUUGAACUUGUGAAUUAUAUAACUGGGGAAAUGUUAUGUAAUACUAAAUUAUUUGGCCAAAUUAUUGACCAUCUUAUAACAUUCAUAACAUUGUGUGUACUUAUGUGCUCCGCCUGUGACCAACGU